AACAACAAUAGCAGCAACUUUAGCAGGAGAAGCAGCAGCAAUUGUCAUCAUCUCAGCUCAGUGGCCAUAUCUCUCCUUAUGGCCAUAGUGCUUAUAAAUAAUCUGGAUAAUCCGGCCACUGCAGCGCUAUUGGGAGAGGCGCGUCUACGUCAAGCUAAUACAGGUGUACGUCUGGGCGAAUCUGGUGGCAUCAGCAGCAGCAGCGGCAGCAGCUCAAUAGCCGCCUUAAAUGUGCCAUGUCUGAAUGAAGAGUUUCGCUGCAACAAUGGGAAAUGCAUAAAAUCGCAUUGGGUAUGCAAUUACCAAAAGGAUUGCGAUGAUGGCGAGGAUGAGAUGCAAUCGUGUCCCCCGCCUGAAUGCGAUUCACCCCAAUUGAACUGCGGCCAAUAUGUCUUCAAUAAGACGUACUGCAUCCCACCGCAUCAUCGUUGUGACAUGAUCGACGACUGUGAGGACAAGUCGGAUGAGGCGCAAUGCACUUACCGUAAGUGCCAGCACACGGAUGUCUUUUGUAAUGCUCCAGGUGGUGCGGCACCAGCAGAGGGCAGCCGCCUUGCUGGUCCUUGUGUACCCAAAGAGAAACGCUGCGAUGGCUAUGUCGAUUGCCGUACGGGACGUGAUGAGGAGGGUUGUAAUGGUGUAGCCUGUCAGUUGGAUCAAUUUCGCUGUGCCAGCGGACACAAGUGCAUCGAUGCGGCUCUGAAGUGUAAUCAUCGGGAUGACUGUGGCGACAAUUCGGACGAACAAGGAUGCAACUUUCCGCCUUGCCAUCAUGCCCAGUUCCGUUGUACGAAUGCUCUGUGCAUACCGUAUAACUUUCACUGCGAUGGCUAUCACGACUGUGCCGAUGAGAGUGAUGAGGCCAACUGUACGGCAAUUGCCUGUCCGGACAACAAGUUCCUGUGCCCACGCGGCGGCGUUAACGGGGCACCCAAGUGCAUAUUCAAGUCAAAGCUAUGCGAUGGCAAACGUGACUGUGAGGAUGGCAGCGAUGAGGAAACCAACUGCUCAAUUGCCUCGUGUCCUGCUUUAAGCUGUGAGUACAAGUGUGGACCAUCCCUGACGGGAGGUGUUUGCUAUUGCCGGCCUGGUCAAUCCCUGGCCCCUGAUAAUCGGACGUGUGCCGAUCUCGAUGAAUGCGCCGAAUGGGGACACUGUGAUCAACUAUGCACCAACACUCUCGGCUCGUACAGUUGCCAAUGCGCUCAAGGCUAUACCUUGAUCAAUGAAUCGAAAUGCAUUGCACCCGAUGCAAACAAUCUGCAAUUGAUAUUUGCCCACGAUCGUGCCAUAAUGCGGAUGAAGGCUCACGGUGGUGAUCCCCAGAUAUUGGCCAAUGCCACAGCAGCGGCCGGCGUUGCCUUUCACUAUGCCCGGAACACGCUCUACUGGUCGGACAUCAAGACAAGAAAAGUGCAGUCCCUGCCAUUGGAUCCAUCGAAUGGAGUGGCACCGCUAGAUCAAACGCUGCCUGGCACUUGGGCUCCUGUUGCUUUGGCCGUCGACUGGGUGGGCGAUAAAAUCUAUGUGGCCGAUCUUGUUGGUCAAAAGAUCGAUGUCUUCGAGUUGAGCGGUAAUUGGCAUGCUGUCGUCUUGGGUUCGAAUCUUACCAGUCCUGCCGACCUGGCUCUGGAUCCCACUGCCGGCCUAAUGUUUGUGGCCGAUGGUGGGCAAGUGCUGCGCGCCCAUAUGGAUGGCACCCAUGCCCGUUCCAUUGUCUCAGAAGCUGCCUACAAGGCCAGCGGUGUGACCGUGGACAUAAUCGCGAAACGUGUCUUCUGGUGCGAUUCGUUACUGGACUACAUUGAAUCGGUGGACUAUGAGGGAUCGCAGCGUGUGAUGGUAUUAAGGGGUCAGCAGGUACCCAGCCCAUCAAGAUUGGCACUCUUUGAGAAUCGUAUCUAUUGGACGGAUGCCACCAAACAAGGCAUCAUGUCGGUUGACAAAUUCGAGGGUCCCAGCUCCAUUCAGGUGACAUAUAAGGCCAAGGAUAUACGCGAACCGAAGGGCAUCAUCGCGGUGCAUGCUCUCAGUCAACCACGAGUCUCCAAUCCCUGUGGCAACAACAAUGGCGGAUGCAAUCACAUGUGCAUAGUCACCGCUGUGAAGGGAGCACCCACGGGUUUGGGUUUCCGUUGUGCUUGCCACACUGGCUAUCAACUGCAGACCGAUCUGAAGAAUUGCAAACUAGUCCGCGAGUUCCUCAUGUAUUCGCAGCAGCGUUUCAUUAAGGGCAAAGUUCUGGAGCCAGUGAUUGAGGGUUUUAGUGAUGCCAUUUUGCCAGUGGUCUCACGACGUGCACGCUUUGUGGGCCUAGACUUUGAUGCCCGUGACGAGUUCAUCUACUAUUCGGAUGUCCUGCAGGAUGUCAUCUAUCGGGUGCAUCGUAAUGGCACUGGACGUGAAAUUGUGUUGGCCUCACAAAACGAAGGCGUCGAAGGUUUGGCCGUUGACUGGGCUUCGAAAAACCUCUACUACAUUGACUCACGCAAGGGUACACUGAACGUGCUCUCCACCCGCAAUGUAACACAUCGUCGCACUCUUCUCAAGAAUCUUAAACGACCCCGGGCCAUUGUUGUGCAUCCCAAUCGGGGUUAUAUCUUUUUCUCCGAAUGGGACCGACCAGCGAAUAUUACACGAGCGAAUACCGACGGCAGCAAUUUGCUUGUCUUCCGCAAUGUCACAUUGGGCUGGCCCAAUGGAUUGUCCAUUGAUUUCAAAGAAGAUCGUGUAUACUGGUGUGAUGCCCUCUUGGAUCAUGUCCAGCAUGCCAGUCUCGAUGGUACGGAUAUCAAGACGGUGAACUCCCGCCUGGUGCGUCAUCCCUUCUCCAUUGUCAUACACAACGAUUGGAUGUACAUUACGGAUUGGCGCUUGGAUGCCAUCAUCCGCUUGCAUAAGCUAACCGGCGAACAGGAAGAAAUGAUGGUGCGAGAGCCACAAACGAAUCGUCUCUAUGGUGUCAAAGUGUACAGUCAUGAGGUGCAACGUAUUGCCGAGACACAACCGUGUCAUAUGAAUAAUGGUGGUUGUCAAAAGAUUUGUUUUGCUGUUCCUAUUGCUUCAAAUACCACGACAAUUCCAAGGCUACAGGCACGCUGCUCUUGUCCGUAUGGUGAACGUCUGGCCGAAGAUCAAAUGAGUUGUGUGCCCGAUCCCAGUGCUGAGCCACCGGUUCAACCGUGCCCCAAUUCAUGGGACUUUACUUGCAACAAUCAACGCUGCAUACCUAAAUCCUGGGUUUGUGAUGGCGACGAUGAUUGCCUAGACAACAGUGAUGAGGAACAGAACUGUACAAAACCCACCUGUGGAUCGAAUGAAUUCCAAUGCAAGUCUGGACGUUGUAUCCCUUUGAAUUUCCGUUGCGAUCAGGAGAACGAUUGUGGUGAUAAUUCAGAUGAAUUGGAUUGCGGCAAUGUCACGUGUGGUACAUCGCAAUUUGCCUGUGCGAAUGGGCGCUGCAUACCCAAUAUGUGGAAAUGCGACAGCGAAAACGAUUGUGGCGAUAGCAGCGAUGAAGGUGAAUUUUGUGCAGAGAAGACUUGCGCCUAUUUCCAAUUCACUUGCCCAAGGACCGGACAUUGUAUACCACAAAGUUGGGUUUGCGAUGGCGACGACGAUUGUUUCGAUAAGCAGGACGAGAAGGAUUGCCCACCGAUUAGCUGUCUGGCCAAUCAAUUCAAAUGCAGCGACAUGCGGCAAUGUGUCGAGGAGUCAUAUAAAUGCGAUGGCAUACCCGAUUGUAAUGAUGGCAGUGAUGAACUUGGCUGCCCAUCAAUGGGUCCCAAUCAGUGUAAUAUUGAGAAGCAUUUCCGUUGCAAGUCGACUGGAUUCUGUAUACCGAUAGCCUGGCAUUGUGAUGGUUCCAACGACUGCUCUGAUCACUCAGACGAACAGGAUUGUGGUCAGAUAACGUGCGCUCAGAAUUUCUUCAAGUGUAAUAACACAAAUUGUGUGUUCAAGGCCUACAUCUGUGAUGGCAAAGACGAUUGUGGUGAUAACUCCGAUGAGGGUACCGAACAUGCCUGUGUCCCGCCGCCCUUCAAGUGCGCCCAUGGUCAAUGGCAGUGUCCAGGAGUGACAGAACGUUGCGUGAACAUAACCUCAGUGUGCGAUGAUACUCCCGAUUGUCCCAACGGAGCCGACGAGGGCGAAGGUUGUGAUUUGGCCGAGUGUGUCCAUCAGACGGGUCAGUGUUCGAAUUUCUGCCAGAAGACACCAAAUGGAGCACUUUGUGUGUGUCCGCCGGGCUCAGAGAUUGGCGAAGAUGGCUUCACCUGUGUGGAUACCAAUGAAUGCGAUCCGCCCGGCUUGUGUUCGCAGCAGUGCACAAAUACAAAGGGUUCCUACUUCUGCUCCUGUACAGAUGGCUACAUACUUGAACCGAAUAAGCAUACCUGCAAGGCCGUCAAUCAUACAGCCGCAUUUUUGAUAAUCUCCAAUCGUCAUUCAAUUCUGGUGGCCGAUCUAAAGGAGCAGGGUCUGGAGCGGGUUCCCAUCAUUGUGGAGAAUGUGGUGGCCACUGCCUCAAACAUGCACACGGGCACGAUAUUCUGGAGCGAUAUGAAACUGAAGAAGAUAUCACGUCUGGAUAGAGGCAUGGAGCCGCAGGAGAUUAUAACGACAGGUUUGGAUUUAGUCGAAGGAUUGGCCUAUGAUUGGAUUGCCCAGAAUCUCUACUGGUUGGACAGUAAACUGAAUACCAUUGAGGUGUCGGCUGAGAAUGGUUCAAAUCGUUUGGUUUUGGUUCGCGAAAAUAUAACACAACCGCGUGGCAUGUGCAUUGAUCCUAGUCCCGGAGCACGUUGGAUAUUCUGGACCGAUUGGGGAGAGAAUCCUCGCGUGGAACGCAUUGGCAUGGAUGGUACCAUGCGCAAGACCAUUAUCAAUACCAAGAUCUAUUGGCCAAAUGGUUUGACCCUGGAUAUAGCCACGAAGCGUGUAUAUUUUGCCGACUCGAAGUUGGACUUUAUUGAUUUUUGCUAUUACAAUGGUACGGGACGGCAACAGGUCCUGGCCAGAAGCCAUUAUUUGCUACAUCCGCAUUCGUUAUCCCUGUUUGAGGACACUCUCUACUGGACAGAUCGUCAGCUAAAUCGAGUGCUAUCAGCGAAUAAGUUCCGGGGCAAAAACCAGACAGUUGUCUCCCAUCUAAUAAGUCAACCGUUGUCCAUUCAUGUCCAUCAUGCAUCAUUGCAACCGAUGCACCCGAAUCCGUGUGCCCAGGCCAAGUGCCAGCAUUUGUGUCUGCUCAGUCCCAGUGCCACGGAGGGCUAUUCGUGCAAGUGUAAGCCAGGCUUCAAGCUUCUCAGCGAAGGACGUUGCAUUGAGGAGGAGAAUCCCUAUUUAAUGGUGGUCAAGGGCACUCAAAUUGUGGAUCUGCCAUUGAAUGGAGGCGAUGCUCGUGCCGGUGCCCUGGCCCCAGUCAUUGGCAUCGAGAGUAGCACCGGUCUGGACUUUGAUCGCAAGGGUGAGACUCUGUAUUGGGUGCAGGGACGUGAGGAUGACGACGAGAAUUGCACCAUUUUCACAACUCCCUACGGCGGCGGCAAUAAGACACUGUUCCUUGGCAUAGACACUGGCAUUGUGGGUGCUCCCUAUACCAUAGCGUUCGAUUGGCUGGGACGUAAUCUGUAUAUUGGCAAUCGUGUGGCCAGCAAUAUCGAAGCUGUGCGGGUCGAUGGUAAACAGAGAUAUCGCACUGUCAUCUUGGCCAACGAUGGCAACGCCAAUGCCGUGUCCAAGCCCAAACAACUGGUGCUCGAUCCCAGCGAUGGUAAGCUCUUCUGGAUCGAUGAGGGAGUACUUGAGGUGCCAGUUAAAAUCGGGCGCGUCAAUAUGAAUGGUGAGGAUGCAAAGGUAUUGAGGGCGGAUCUAAAGCAUCCGGAGAGCAUUGCUGUCGAUAUUGAAAAGAAGACUAUAUACUACAGUACCAGAGCUCCGGCAACAAUAUGUUCCAUGGACUACAAUGGAGAUGAUCAUACCAUUAUAAUAUCCGAAGAUCAGGCCAUUUCCCGUCCCCGUAGUCUGGGCAUACUUGAUCAUCGUCUCUACUAUCUGGAUCCGGUCUAUGAGAAGAUCGUGCGUGUUGAUUUGCCACGAGGCGACAAUCCAAAGACCAUAGUGGACAAUGAGCCAGAUUUGCGCUCAAUGAUGAUCUACAAGAAACGCGCACUGAUGCAGCAUCCCUGCCAGACAGGCAACGGCGGCUGCAAGCAGCUCUGCAUUCCCGGACCUGCGGCAACAAGGACCUGCGCCUGCGGCAUUGGCUAUCGCAAGGAUAAUGAGAUCAAUUGUGUGGCCUAUAAGACAUUUGCCGUUGUCUCCCAACUGGACAUGAUACGUGGCUAUAGCUUGAGUGAUAGCUCCGAGGCAAUGGUGCCAAUCAGUGGACCAGGUCAUCAUAUACUCCAUGUGGAUGUGAUGUAUCGCGAGCAAUGGAUCUAUUGGGCGGAAUUCAAUCGCGGCUAUUGGAACGGCAUUUUCCGUUCGCGACCCAAUGGCACCGAUCUGCAGCAUGUGGUAAAGGAUGGCAUCGGUAGCAAUGGCAUUAGAGGUCUGACAAUCGAUUGGGUGGCUGGCAAUAUGUAUUUCACCAAUGUCUAUCCUCAUGAGAACUAUGUGGAAGUGUGCUGGUUGGAUGGUAGCAAUCGCAAAGUCUUGGUUAAGACCACCAAUGAUGCGCCACGUGAAUUGGCUGUGAAUCCCAUUAAGAGGCUGCUCUAUUGGAUCGAUUAUGGCCAGCAUCCGCGUAUUGGCAAGGCCCUGCUCGAUGGCGACAAGUGGACACCAUUGGUAACCUCGGGCAUAUCAUUGCCACGAGAUUUAACCAUUGAUAUGCAAACCCAUGAUGUCUAUUGGGUUGAUUCCAAAUUGGAUACGAUACAAAAGAUAUCCUACAAUGGCGUCAAUCGCAAGGUCAUUCGUCGUGACUUACCCAAUCCCAUGGGCAUAGCAAUCUAUCUGAACGAUGUCUAUUGGGUCGAUAGGAAUUUGAUGACCGUCUUCAAGGCGUCCAAGCUGUAUGGCAACGAAACCGAGGUCACCAGAGUGCGCACCAAUCUGGAGAAGUUGCGUGACAUUGCCAUCUAUAAUAUCAACAAUCAACCCAAUGAUGAUAGCAAUCCAUGCGCCCAUUUGGGUAAUGGAGGUUGCGAUCAACUAUGCUUUAGCUUCCCACCGGAUCCAUCAAGCACCACGGGACGUAACUUCCGCUGCGACUGUGCCACUGGCAAAUUGAGUUCAGAUGAACGCAAAUGCGAAACGGUCAACGAAUAUUUGGUCUUUGCCACACGCACUGAGAUCAGGGCUGUAAAUCUGGAUCCCCACUCGACCGAGGUACCAUUCACUCCGCUGACAAAUCUCACCAAUGUGGUGGGCUUGGACUUUGAUUUCGCCGACAAUCGUAUGCUGUACACCCAAAUACGCCCAUGGGCCAAGAUAGCCUACACGAAGGCCAAUAAGCCCAGCUAUUCCGAUAUCAAUGUGGUCCUCAAUAAGGGCAUCAAUCCUGAGGGCAUUGCCUAUGAUUGGACUCAGCAGAAAAUAUAUUGGACGGACAGUUCGAAUAACUCUAUUUAUGCAAUGAAUCUGGAUGGCAGUGAGCUGGUGAUGAUUGCCCGUGUGGAACGACCACGUGCCAUUGUCCUGGAUCCAUGCAAUGGCACUUUGUUCUUCACCGAUUGGGGUCGCUUUGGGACAUCUGGCAAAAUUUUCCGCACCACUAUGGCAGGUUCGCUGAAGCGAGCCAUUGUCGACAAGGAUCUGUCGCAGCCGAGCGGUCUAGCCAUUGACUAUGAUGAGCGAAGACUCUACUGGACCGAUGCAGUGCGCGAAAAGAUUGAGCGCUCCGAUCUGGAUGGACGUAAUCGUGAACUGCUUGUGGCAGCCACCAUUUAUCCCUUCGCCAUAACUGUCUUUAGAGAUUACAUUUACUGGACCGAUUUGCAAUUGCGUGGCGUCUAUCGGGCCGAGAAGCAUACGGGAGCGAAUAUGGUCGAGAUGGUGAAACGUCUGGAGGACUCACCGCGUGACAUACGCAUCUAUAGUGCCGAUCGACAGAAAUGCAAUGUGAAUCCGUGUCGGAUCAAUAAUGGCGGCUGUGCCCAGAGCUGUCAUCCGGCGCCGAAUGGCAAGGCCGAAUGUAAAUGCGAUGACAACUCCAAGGUCGUUAACGAGGGACGCAUGUGUGCGCCGAGGAAUAACACUUGCGAGUCCAGCAAAUUCUAUUGCCAGAAUGGUAAAUGCAUAUCACGAAUGUGGUCCUGCGAUGGCGAUGACGAUUGUGGCGACAACUCCGAUGAGGAUCCCAACUAUUGUGCCUAUCAUUCAUGCUCACCCAAUGAGUUCCGCUGCAAUAAUGGCCGCUGCAUUUUCAAGUCGUGGAAAUGUGAUCACGAGAACGAUUGCAAGGAUGGCUCCGAUGAGGUGGGCUGCAGCUAUCCGCCGUGCGUGGAUGGUGAGUUCACUUGCGGCAAUGGCCGGUGUAUACCACAGACUCAGGUGUGCAAUGGAGUGAAUGACUGCAAGGACAAUGCCACAUCGGAUGAGACCCGUGAACGUUGCCCCAUGAACACCACAUGCCCGGCCAAUCAUCUCAAGUGCGAGAAAACGAAUAUCUGUGUGGAACCCUAUUGGCUGUGCGAUGGCGAUAAUGAUUGUGGCGAUAACUCCGACGAGGAUCCAUUGCAUUGUGGCCAGCGUACAUGUCCCACAAAUAGCUUCCGUUGUCCCAAUCAUCGUUGUAUUCCGGCCACUUGGUAUUGCGAUGGCGAUGACGAUUGCGGCGAUGGGGCCGAUGAGCCACCAGAUUACUGCAAAUCCGAAGGGCGCACCUGCUUUGGGGAUCUCUUUACCUGUGACAAUGGCAACUGUAUACCAAGGAUUUAUAUAUGCGAUGGCGACAACGAUUGUCUGGAUAACAGUGAUGAGGAUAAUAGGCAUCAGUGUAACGAUCGUAAAUGUGACGAGGAAACGGAAUUCACUUGUGUCGAAAACAAAUCCUGGCAACGUGCUCAAUGUAUACCCAAGAAAUGGAUUUGCGAUGGCGAUCCGGAUUGUGUGGACGGUGCCGAUGAGAAUGCAACACUUCAUAAUUGCGCCACUCCAUUGCCAUGCGGUGAAGAAAUGUACCGAUGUGGCAACGGACGUUGCAUCAAUAAGGGAUGGCUUUGUGAUCAUGACAACGAUUGUGGUGAUGGAACCGAUGAGGGUAAAUUCUGUAAUACCAAAUACAAGGCAUGCUCGAAUCAAGAGUUCACCUGCCAGAAUUUCAAAUGUAUACGCAAUCAGUAUCGUUGCGAUGGCGAAGACGAUUGUGGUGAUCAUUCGGAUGAGGUUGAUUGCAAAAAGGAUAAUACCACAUGUCCGCAAGGACAAUUCGCCUGUACGAACGGCCAGUGUAUUGAUUAUAGUCUCGUGUGUAAUAAAAUUCCCGAUUGUGCCGAUGAGUCCGAUGAGCCAGCCCAUUGCAAUGUGGAUGAAUGCGCCAAAGUGGAGAUCAAUCAAUGCGGACACAAAUGCGUGGAUACCUUGACGAGUUACUAUUGUGACUGCAAUGAAGGAUACAAGCUUCUAGCCGAUGGCAAAGCCUGCGCUGAUGUUGAUGAGUGCCUUGAGCAACCUGGGGCCUGUUCGCAGCAUUGUUCCAAUACUCCUGGCAGCUUCUAUUGCAAAUGCGAUGAAAACUACUAUGAACGUCAGAAUGAUGAGCAUACAUGCAAACGCAAGGAUAAUAUUCCACCCUGGUUGAUCUUCACCAAUAAGUAUUAUGUGCGCAAUAUGUCUGUGGAUGGACAUCAGUAUAAUUUGAUGCAUCAGGAUCUGAUGAAUGUGGUUGCCCUGGACUUUGACAUUAAGGAUCAGUACAUGUAUUUCUGUGAUGUGACGGCCAAGACAAUAUUCCGGGCCAAAUACACAGAUCCACAAGUCGAUGACACGCCCCCAGAACGUGAGGCAAUCAUACGUCACGAUUCGCAUGGCCUUGAGGGCAUAGCCAUCGAUUGGGUUGGACGUAAAUUAUAUUGGCUGGAUAGGCACUCAAAGAACCUGGAUGUUUCCGAACUGGAUGGCACCAAGCGUAAGACAUUGCGCAGCGGUGUGGUAGAUCCUCGUGCAAUUGUUGUGCAUCCGGGCAUCGGUUAUUUGUACUUCACUUCGUGGCAUCUGCAGGCCUACAUUGCCAAAAUGGGCAUGGAUGGUUCGAAUUUCACACGCAUACUCAACUGGAAUGAUGGCAUAGCCUGGCCGAACGCCUUGUCCAUUGAUUACUUCACCGAUCGCAUCUAUUGGGCCGAUGCCCAUCUCGAUUAUGUGGCCUAUGCCGAUUUGGAGGGACGUCAUCGGCACAAGGUCUUAACGGGCAAUCAGGUACCGCAUGUCUUUGCGUUGAGCCUCUUCGAUGAUUAUGUCUACUGGAGUGAUUGGAAUCUAAAGGCCAUUGUGAGGGCGAACAAGUUCACUGGUGCCAAUUAUACUGUACUUAGGAAUACAACCCACCGACCCUAUGACUUGCAUAUCAAUCAUCCCCUACGACAAUUGCCCUACACAAAUCCGUGUGGCACAAACAAUGGUGGCUGUUCGCAUCUCUGCCUCAUAGCCCCACCGCCAGAGUCGACCUACUUGAAUAUCGAAGGCUAUAUCGAGGAGGGAGCACCCAUCUUCAAAUGCGCUUGCCCGAAUCAAUUCCAUUUGGCUGGCGAUUCAAAGACCUGCAUUGCCAACUGUACGGCCGGACAACAUCUUUGCGGUGGCUCAGAUGAGAAGUGUAUACCAUGGUUCUGGAAAUGUGACGGCGAAAAGGACUGCAAAGAUGGCAGCGAUGAGCCAACCACAUGUGCUCCACGACACUGUCGAGCUGGCACCUUCCAGUGCAAGAACACUAAUUGUACCCCAUCCGCCACAAUUUGUGAUGGUGUCGACGAUUGUGGGGAUGGCAGUGACGAACAGAAUUGUGAUCUACCCUGUCCCCUCUCCGAUUUCAAGUGUAAAUCAAGUGGACGUUGUAUUCUUGAUAGUUGGCGCUGUGAUGGCGAUGCGGACUGCAAAGAUGGCAGCGAUGAGGAUCCAGCAGUGUGUAACAAACGUUCAUGCGAUCCUCACACUGAAUUUGCCUGCAAGAAUGGUCGUUGUAUACCCCAAUUGUGGAUGUGUGACUUUGAUAAUGAUUGUGGUGAUGAUUCAGAUGAGCCUGCCUAUAUGUGCCGUCAACGUAAUUGUACUACCGGAUGGCAACGUUGUCCUGGCCAAUCGAAUUAUCGUUGCAUACCCAAAUGGUUAUUCUGCGAUGGCAAAGAUGAUUGUCGGGAUAAUAGCGAUGAAUUGCCAGAAAAUUGUCCCAAAUGUUCCUCAGACACGGACUUUAAGUGCGGCAAUAAUCGUUGUAUACCCAAACAAUGGAUGUGCGACUUUGCUGACGAUUGUGGAGAUGCCAGCGAUGAGAACGAUGCCAUUUGCAAGGGACGCUAUCGUGAAUGUUCUGAAUCCGAAUUCAAGUGCGGCAAUGGCAAAUGCAUAUCAUCACGUUGGCAAUGCGAUCACGAGGACGAUUGCGGUGACAAUUCCGAUGAGAUGAACUGUGAGGGCUAUCAGUGUAAGAACGGUACAUUCCAGUGUGCCUCGGGUCAUUGUAUUGCCUCGUAUUUCCGUUGCGAUGGCGAUCGCGACUGUCGCGAUAUGUCCGAUGAGGUGGGCUGUCCGCCAAGAUUCCCGGGCGGUCGUUAUUGCCCCGAAUCGAGGUAUCAGUGUACAAACAAUCUGUGUGUCUCUCUCUCCGAUCUCUGCGAUGGCACCGACGACUGCGGCGAUGGCAGCGAUGAGGAUCCCAGUGUGUGCAGUGACUUCAAUUGCGAUACCUUGCGUCGCUUCCAGUGUGCCAAUCACCGGUGUGUGGCCCGCUAUCAGAUCUGCGACGGUGUGGACAAUUGCGGCGAUGGCAGCGACGAGAACAACAUGACAUUGUGUGCCACCAAGCAGAAACCCUGCGACAUGUACACCCAACAUCCGUGUGCCAAUAAGAAAUGCGUUGAGCGCUCCCAGGUCUGUGAUUUCUCGGACGAUUGUGGCGAUGCCAGCGAUGAGUUGGGCUGCCAUCACACGAGUAGCUGCUCGGAACAGAAUCGUGGCGGCUGCCAGCAUCAUUGUCACAAUCUCACUGAGGGUGGGUACAUCUGUACCUGCUAUCCGGGCUAUAUAAUCGCAGCGGACAACAAGAAGAAGUGCGUCGAUGUCGAUGAGUGCGCCACCAGGCAGCAUACGUGUUCGCAUCAAUGUCACAAUAUGAAUGGCACGUAUUCGUGUAGUUGUCGUGAGGGCUUCCGCCUGUCCGAUGGAGCCAGCGGCGUCUGCAAGGCCGAAAAGGACGAUGUGAUUCUGGUAUAUGCCAAUGGACCGGAAAUUCGUGGUUUGGAUCUGCAAAAGCAAGAAGAUUUCGAUGUGGUGGCGGCUGAGAAGCGUAUCGAAGCCUUGGACUAUGAUGCCCAGCAGCAGAUUGUCUUCUGGGCGGAUAGCUAUGACAAGACGAUUAAACGUUCGUAUAUGGUAAACGCAUUGGAUGGCCAGGCCAAGAUUGGAUUCGCCCAGGAUCUAAAUAUGAAGGGUGGUUCGAAACCGACAGCAGUCGCCGUCGAUUGGCUCGCCUCGAAUCUGUAUUGGACCGAAAUGGAUCGCACGGGAUCGAAGCCACGUGGACGUGUGAUGGUCGCCAAAACAGAUGGACGCUAUCGUCGUUCCAUAGUGAAUGCGGGUCUCGAGGUGCCCACCUCGAUUGCCGUUAAUCCACAAUUGGGUCGCAUCUAUUGGGCCGAUGCCGGUUCGGCACCCAAAAUCGAAGUCUCCUGGAUGGAUGGUUCGAAACGUCGUCCUCUGAUAACAGAGCAAAUACGCCAUCCGGCUGGUCUGACCAUCGACUAUGCCCAAGAUCAUAUCAUCUAUUGGGUGGACACCAAACUGAAUGCCAUUGAAUCGAUGCGUGCCGAUGGCUCGCGUCGCAAGGCCAUCAUCAAGGGCGACCAACUGCGUCAUCCCGUCUCGCUGGAUCUGUUUGAGUCCAACAUGUACUGGGUGACACGUGACACUGGGGAACUGUUGCGCCAGGAUAAAUUCGGACGCGGUGUCCAAGUGGUUGUUCAUCGUAAUCUCGUCAAUCCGUCCGGCCUGAAGGUCUAUCACGAGAAGCGUUAUAACACAUCGCUACGGAAUCCGUGCUACGAAUCCAGCUGCUCCCAUCUCUGCCUCCUGGUGCCCGGUGGUCACCGUUGUGCCUGUCCAGACUCAUCUGGCCCCUUGCCCUCGCAUCGCAGCACCUAUGAAGCCAUUUGCGAUGCAGCCGCCGAAAGGCCACGACCAGCGCCUCGCAUCUGCCCAUGUCAGAAUGGUGGCCUCUGCAAGGAGGAUGAUCGCGGUGAGCUCUAUUGUGAAUGUCUGCCCGACUUCAAGGGUGAGCAUUGCAAUCACAGUGCUGCUGGAGCCUUUGGACAUGGCGGUGCCAAUGUGACGGCUGUCGUAAUGGCCAUAGCCCUCAUUUUAUUAGUAAUGAUGACGGCGGCCGGUGCCUGGUAUAUAAUACGUAAACGGCCAUUUGGCAAACUGGCACGCAUGCCCGCCAUGACAUCAUCACAGAGCGUCACCUUCCGACAUGGCUCGAAUGUGGAAUUCAAUGAGAGCGGCUUCCCGGGAGCCUCGGCGCCAAGUGCUGGCGGCGAUAUGGCACCCAUAGAGGGCUAUAAUCUGCAAACAGUCAAUGCGAACAAGGCUCGUGAUUUUGCCAAUCCCAUGUACGAUGCCGUACAAUCGGGCACCACCACAGAUCCGGGCAUGGGCAAUGGUUCAGGCAUUUACGAUGUCCCCCAGGAUCCAACGAUCAAAUCAAAAUCGUCGGCAACAUUCACUGAACCGGCAUCAGCAAUAAUUGCUCCAAGCAGCAUAACGCAUAAAUCGUCACCACAAUUGCAAUUGCGUACCCGUGAAUUGGAUCCAUCGGCCGAUACGGGCAAGGAUACGCAAUAUCUGGUGGAGGAGGAUAAAUCUGAGUGCUGAUAUCAAGCCCAAUGGGCGGCGGCAGCGUUUAUCGACUGUCGGCGUCAACAUCAACAUCAACAGCAACAGCAAAAGCAACAACAACAGCAGCAACAGGAUGCCGGCCGGUCUGAGAUGCAACAAAUGGUGGCUGCCACACGCAACAGUUAUCCAUUGCAGACAUAACACAGACUUGUCCUUCAUCAACAGCAACAGCAAGAACACCAACAUGGACCCAGAAAACAUCACAAAUCCUGGCAUGCCGGCAAAAUCACCACCAAGGUGUAAAGGAAAUCCAAACAUAUCCAAAAUGAAACAAAAACAAAAAACAAAACAUUUUUGAGGAAGAGUUAAAAA